AUGUCCCUUGCCGCUCCCAAGACGCCAAUCUGGCUCGACUGCGAUACCGGCCACGAUGAUGCCUACGCUCUCCUUGUCUGCGGCCACGAUCCCCGAGUCGAGCUGCUGGGUGCAAGCACUGUCCAUGGGAAUGCUGCCCUCGACCAGACGACAUACAACACCCGCGCGAUCCUCGAGGCCAUUGGCAGGCGCGACGUCAAGGUCUACGCGGGCGCAGCGAAACCCAUUGCGCGCGAUGCCGUACAUGCAGCCGAUAUCCACGGCGAGUCCGGGUUGGACGGAGUGACGUUGCUUCCGGUGCCAGUCGAGCACGCGGCGACCGAUGUCGACCACGUCGAAGCCAUGCACCGGGCGCUCAUGGCGACGCCGCCAAACACGGCGUGGCUCGUGUCCACAGGCACCCUGACUAACAUUGCCCUGGCGUUCCAGAAGUAUCCCGACCUCGCAGCCCACAUCAAGGGGCUCAGCAUCAUGGGCGGCGCUGUCGGCGGAGGCUUCACAGAUGCGCCCAUGGGUACGGUACAGGGCGAGGGCGAGCGGUUUGGCAACUGGACACCCUAUGCCGAGUUUAAUGUCUACUGUGACCCCGAGGCCUCGCACUUCAUCUUCUCGCACCCAGUCCUGCGCCCCAAGACGACCCUCAUCCCGCUUGACCUGACCCACCAGGUCCUGGGUACCAACAAGGUGCGCAAGAUGCUGCUGUACGGGCAAGCUGCGAGCGAAGCAUCGGAUUCCAAAGACGACUUUACGCCUACGCCCUUGCGCGCGCUCUUCACACAGGUCAUGUCGUUUUUCGCCGGCACCUACGCCGACGUCUUCUCCAUCACCCAAGGCCCGCCCUUGCACGACCCGCUCGCCGUCGUCGCCGCCUACCUCCCCGAGAUAUUCGACGACCACGGCGGCGAGCGCUUCACCAUCGAUAUAGUCACCACGGGCAUCCACUCACCCGACAAAACGCUAGUCGGCGAGCUCGGCCGCACAAAAGUAACCAAACUCCCCUCGGGCGAGCCCGGCUGCAGGAUACCGCGUAGCGUGGACCUCGACGCCUUUUGGCGCAUCAUGGAGAGCGCGUUGCAGCGUGCUGAUGCUGUGAGUCCUUUGCCCAAGGUUUCCCUGCUAGACUUGGAACGCGAGGGCGUGUUUGAUGGCGUCGGUAGGUUGUAACGUGGGAUGUCGGUGGUAGCGGCUGGCAAAAGAAGACUAAGACUAGAAUAGAACUGUGUGGUUAGUAGUGCUUCAACUUAAU